ACAAGAUGGCGUUGUAGGAACUGUUCUGAAAUUUUUCCAAUAAAUUUGCUGGAUUUCUUAUGCAACUGUGCGAAUCAUAAAUCAGAAAUUGUGCGAUUGUGUAGGGUUUGAUUCAAUUUGUAAAGAUCUGUUUGUUAGAAUGAUGUGCAAUUAAGACAGAACUUUUCUACAAACCACUAGCACUGUUUAAAACUGUCUACCUAAUAGUCCAUCAAAGUAAUCGCCAACAUUGUGAGAAACAGCGUCAAAAUGUCUACACUCGCUACUCUGCUGCACACAAUUAGUUCACACUCAGGAGACAUAAACUGUGUCAGCUUCUCGGGGAAAGUUCUUGCAACCUGCUCAGGUGACAAAUCAGUCCGUCUUUGGAAUAUCGACGACUACCAAGAACUGCCCGCUUCACCACUCCUCGGUCAUACAUAUUACGUCCACGACUGUGUAUUCUCCGCUUUCGGAACUUUACUCGCGUCCUGCUCACGGGAUGGGAAAGUCAUAUUAUGGGAUAUAAAGAGUGGUGAUAAGAUCGCAACGUUACAACAUCCUAGUAAGACCGGAAUUCGGACUUGCCAGUUCUCGCCAAAUACGACACUUCUGGCGACAGGUGGUGACGAUGAUGCCAUUGGUCUCUUCGAUGUGUCCACAAAAACAUUCAUCAGGUGUCUAGAAGGCCAUGAUGCUUCGGUCGUUGCAGUCGCCUUUACGCCCGAUAGUUCAUAUCUCGUCUCUGGCAGCACAAACGGCGACUUACGAUUAUGGGAUGCACAAUUUGGUCACAGCAAGUGCCUGCUCUACGAACUUGACGGCCACGAUUUGGGCGUGGCUUGUUGUGAAUUCUCACCGACUUACGGCUCAGGAGCCUCCCAAGACGUAGUUCAGGCAAGCUUCCUGUUGGCAACGGGAGGCAACGACAACAACGUGAAAUUAUGGGAUGUAAUGUCGUUUCCAGGAACCGCGAACCAAAAAAAUGCCCCACUGCGUCCCAGCUCCCAAGGGGGAGGCAAACAGACAGAUGUCCAUCUCAAUCUCCGUGUGACGCUAACCGGACAUGAGGCGCCAGUUAUGUCCGUGUCGUUCGCACCCAACGGCAAGAUACUCGCAUCAGCGUCUGGUGACAAGUCGGUUAUCAUUUGGGAUCCGCUAAAGGGGGUGCCGCUGCAUACGAUUGAUGCUCAUUCCAGAUACGUGACGUGUUGUGCUUUCUCUUCAAAUGGCCGCCUCCUUGCCACCGGAUCCAACGACAAAACUGUUAAGGUGUGGAAAAUGACUACGGAGGCAGACCUCGAGGAUGACUGUGGACCCGAUGAAGUCCUGAUCGACUUUUCCGACCAGCAGUUUGCCAAACCGUACAAGGAAUGGAGCAUAGACGACGUCUGCUCUUGGAUUGGCCAAAUCGGGCUAUCGCAGUACGAGGAAAACUUCCGAACGCACGCCAUUGAUGGCACAGAACUGUUGACACUCUCCCAUGAGACUUUGGAGAAAGACUUAAAAAUUGUUGCCCUCGGACACCGGAACAAACUCCUACGUGCUGUUAAGUACAUCAAGGAACACCCAAUCAUCCAGCCGAAAGACCAAGAAUCGGGCAUACCCAACGAGUUCCUCUGUCCAAUCACAUGUGAGAUGAUGAAAGAACCUGUCAUUGCAUCUGAUGGCUACACUUACGAGCGGGUUGCAAUCGCGGCAUGGAUGACCAAGGGCAAGCAAAAUAGUCCGAUGACGAACGCGCCUCUCCCCAACAAAACGCUGACACCAAAUCGUAGCCUUAAGAUGUUGAUACAGCGGUACCAGCAGGGUACCGACAUGUCUUGACACAGACGGUUGAGCGUUCCCUACUACUGUUGAUGCAGCUAUUCAUCGAGCCAUUGCACUUGCAUGUAGAUAUUUUGUAAACUCUGUAUUUUCGAAGUGGUAUUCGUUCAUGAAAACGUCCUUUUUAUGGAUGCACAAGAAGCAUACCACGUUUCAGUCUAGUUGCAGGUGUUUUUUGAACAGAAAUGGCUUGCUUGACAUUGGUUUUCUCACCAAACAAUGCUUGGUGGUGCGGUCAUUUGGCCGAAACCAUUAGCGAGGUAUGUCACAAUUAGCCUACAUUUUAGCUCGAUCCUCUUCGUGUUUAGUGAGACAAUCGACGUCCUCUAGUGGGUAUCUAUUCCUGAAAUGAAAAACGUCAUUCGACAUCUGAAUAAAAUGCAGAUCGCUAGGUGUAAGCCUAGUUGGGCUGAUUUCGAGAUCUAAUGUCAAGUUUGUUGGCAAAUGUGUGUAAAUAUGGUAAAAAUUUGGUUUAUAUUUGUGCUAUAUUGUAGCAUCGCAUCGUUAUGCGCUUAGCAGAGCAGUGAUUUUUGUUGCUGUGACUCUGAUGUGGUAUCGGGAAGAGGUGACAUGUGAUCAGGGCACAUUAAAAUGACUUGUCAAUUGUUUCCCACUCCACAUAACACUACAACGAAUGUCUGUAAAUAUGUGUACAACACUGUAUAAAUGCUGGAGAUUUUAGCAUCAUUAAUUUUGAGAGUGCAACGAAGAUGAAUUCUUGUUAAAUAUUGUGAGACAAUAGCACUAUUGUCAGGAUGUGGCCAUGGAAAUUACUAUAGGUUCAGUUAUUAUUGUGUUUAUUUGUCUUACCUGGCUCAGGUCGAUCAACCCGAAACGUGUUUUUAAUCAAUGAUUUUAGAUCUUACGGGGUUGAUAAACCUGAAGAUUUUCCCGAAAAGUCUUUUGGAUAGUAGAAUAGCAAGAUAUGCUUAUACAACCGCUUAUAUCCUGCUUACACAACAUACAGUAGAUAUUUCCUAGCAUAAACACAUCGCAACAUCUGUGUAAUUUCAAAUUUUGUAUCUCUGCUUAAUUCAUCAAUGGCUGCUACCCCAAAACUGAAUUAUGCAAAUAUUUCUACUCCUUCAAUGCUUUUUAUGAAACGCCCCUCUUGAUGAUUCUUGCAUAUAAUAAAGAAAUAAUCAGAAA